AUGGACGAGCCUUCGACUUUGCUGGCCCCGCCGGCCGUGUCCUCGCUGAGGGCCGAGCAGGGCGGCCAGAUGGAACGCUCCCUGAGCCAGGAUAUCCGAGACGAGCGAGAGGAGCUCCGCGAGGCUGCCGAGCAGACCCUCAACGCAAUUGUCGACCUCAACCUGGACGGCACUGUCAAGUGGGUGAGCCCGUCAUGGACUGACGUGGUCGGUACGCCCUUUGAGACUGUCAAUGGCAUUCCAAUUUCCGACUUGAUCGUCAGCGAGAACAAGACCGUCUUCUCCGACGUUAUUGAUUUCAUGAAGCGAGACGACUCCAAGAGCUACAGAGUCAGCUUUGCCAUCCAGCUCGGCCCCCUCUCCAAGCUACGAUCCACUGGCAACCCAGAUAGCUGCCGCGGCACCUCCCAGCCCGACCCGCAGACGGCCGACCUCGAGGCACAGGGCAUCAUGGUCUACGACAGUGUUUCCGGCGGAGAAAGCCAUGUCAUGUGGAUGCUCCGCCCGUGGUCUGGACCGCACGAGAUCAAAAUUGACCUGCCCGAGGUCAUUGUCGAUUCUCUCGGCUCGGGUGCCGAAGUCCUUGCCAGUUACCUCACCCGGUUGGCCGAGGCGGGGGGUGAAGAGCCCGAGGCCCAAGAACCCCCACCCUCGGUGCUCUGCCGUAUUUGCGAGCGUCAAAUACCUCCCUGGUGGUUCGAGAAACAUACCGACCUGUGCCUUCAGGAGCAUCGCGCCGAGAUGGACGUUCAAAUGGCGCAGGAGAGUUUGACGGAGCACCGUCAUGCCAUUGUCAAGGUUCUUGACGACCUGGAAUCGCGUAGGAGUCGUUCCAUCGCGGGGGAACCCCAGGCAGGGCCCUUAGCCGAGUACAAGGGCAUGCCAAUCGGGCCGCCCCCCUCGACGCAGUCGUCACCAGGAACGUCCAUGGCUCGGUCGCGGGAUCGAACCAGCGGCUUUGGGCAUGCAAGGGCACGCUCCUUUGCGGUACGCAGACCACAGGCUCGCAUCGUCGAGCUGCUCAUGGAUCUCUGUGACACAGCCAUUGAAAUCAGCAAUCCCGCGAUCAAAGAGAGCACGUCACAGCAGAAUGACGGGGAGUUCCGUACGCAAUCGCCCCAGUCAGAGUCAAGAAUAUCACAGGUCCUGCAAUGGCAAUCACCAAGCACAAAUACUCUGGAACAGGAGCAAGGCCUGGCCCUGCUAUGCUCCGACACUGAAAAGGUCGCCAGGGCCAAGGUGGACGCCGUUUUCCGCCAUCGAAGGAUCAUAGAGUACGCCGAGCGCAUCCGCAUUGAGCUCGCUGUGCUGGUGCAAGACUGCAUCGACAGGGCAUUGAGAAAGGCGGCUCGUCUCGCGGCCGGCCGACUGAGCGACUCAACCGAGGAUGGGGAAGAUCCCGGUCCACAAGAGGGCCUAGACCAGGAACCGGAGGCAGACGUCUCCGAGGUAACGAGCGGGAGCACUCCGGCCGAGGGAGAGCUGCGCGGUCGGUCGGAAGAAGGGCUUGCCAGGCGAGCUCUAGACAGCCCUUCGGCCUUGGCCGCCGCAUUGCGGCAAAUGGACAUAUCUGCUGGAACCAGUCGAUCCCGUUCGAGACCAACAUCGUUCAUUGCGUCGACGCGGUCUAGCAGUCCCAGGGAAUGUCCGACUCCACGCUCACAUGCCGAGGGCGGCUUGGGGAGCAACCUACAGUCCCGGGACGCGCGGAGAGCAUCCUCUCUUCUCUAUGAGACUGAAGUCUCCGAGAUUGAGGGCAGCCUGCGAUCAUCCUCUGUUACCUCACGAAAUGCACCGAGGACAGAAUCGCCCAUCUCGGAAUUCGGGGAUCUCAGGCGCGCUGCAAGCGCCAGGCAACACCAUCGGCGGAGCCUGGUGAUACCCGGCACCUCAUCACCGCGUCGUCAGGAGUCUCCUUCGCGCUCCACGCAGCCAUCCUCGCCCUUGCGAAUUAAGCCCAGGGUGCUCCCCUUCUCUCAAGAAGGCGUCACGUCCCCCGAGGCCUCGCCCAUGUUCCCAAGCAGCGAGUUCAGCUCCCCCGUGUCGCACCCGUCUAGACAUCACCGGAGGCAGUCCUCGGCUGCUAUUUCCGAUUUGGUCAUGAGAGCCCCACCGUCGCCGCGCCUCAGUGCCAGCCAGGCACCUCCCCAAGCGCGGCCGGCGCAGCCAUCCAUCAAAGAUUUUGAGAUCAUCAAGCCAAUCAGUAAAGGCGCAUUUGGCAGCGUUUACCUGUCCAAGAAGAAAUCUACCGGAGAGUACUUUGCCAUCAAGGUCCUCAAAAAGGCCGACAUGGUUGCCAAGAAUCAGGUUGGCAACGUGAAAGCAGAGCGGGCCAUCAUGAUGUGGCAGGGGCAGAGCGAGUUUGUCGCAAAGCUGUACUGGACGUUCUCGAGCAAAGACUAUCUUUACCUCGUCAUGGAAUACCUCAACGGGGGCGAUUGCGCCUCGCUCAUCAAGGUGCUCGGCGGCCUUCCCGAAGACUGGGUCACAAAGUACUUGGGCGAGGUUGUCUUGGGCGUCGAGCACCUUCACGAGAGAGACGUUAUCCAUCGAGAUCUCAAACCCGACAACCUCUUGAUUGACCAAAAGGGCCAUCUCAAGCUGACCGACUUUGGUCUUUCGCGCAUGGGGCUCGUUGGUCGACAGAAGCGGGCCCUGAACAGCGAGACUUCGGAAACCACGCCGGAUCUACUCAAGCAGGGUCCCUUUGCCCGCUCCACGUCAAUGGCCUCGUCCCGCUCCACGUCUCUUGACCUGCAUGGCCAUGCGCACUCCCCCAGCACGACCCCACAGACGACGCCAGACGCGGGCAGUACCGGUCAACCGUCCUUCUUCAGCUUGUCGUCCCUGCAGCAGGAACCCCGCCGCAUCAGUAGCAGUCAUCGGAGCGACAGUGGAGGCAGCGAGACCAUGACACAUAUGCUCACGUCCCUUUCUCUCAACGACUCGGAGCCGCCCUCUCAGCCUCUCAGUGCCAGGCUGGCGGUGGACGAGGAGGCCUUGGUGCAGGGAUCGCCCGACUUGUCGUCCAAUAUGAUGCCCCCUGCCAUGGCACUGUUCAACCCCCAAGACACGAAUCGUCGCUUCGUCGGCACUCCCGACUACCUUGCCCCGGAGACUAUCAAGGGCGACAAGCAAGACGAAACAAGCGAUUGGUGGUCGGUUGGCUGUAUCAUGUUCGAAUUCCUCUACGGAAUACCCCCGUUCCACGCCGACGAGGCCGAGCAAGUAUUCGAAAACAUCUUGGCACGGAAGAUACAGUGGCCGGACGAGUCCACAUGCGAGCCCAUCUCCGACGAGGCCAAAGACCUCAUAAACAAACUCCUCUGCAUGGACCCGAAGCAGAGACUCGGCGCCAACCGCGAGGAGAAGUUUGGCUCGGGCGGCGAGGAAAUCCGGAGCCACCCAUGGUUCCAGGGAAUCAACUGGGAUACGCUACUCGAGGACGAAGCCCAGUUCGUGCCACGUCCCGAAAACCCAGAGGACACCGAAUACUUCGAUGCCAGAGGGGCUGUUCUUCAGUCAUUCGCCGAGGAAGUGGAGGAUCAGAUGUCUCCGCAGUCGUCCACCGCUGGCUCUGAGUACCCAGACAGGCCCCACGACGCCCUCUCGCGAGUACGGUCGCAGGUCAACUCGAUCAACCGCAAACUGAUGCCGCUACAUAUCCCGCCUCAUGUACGCGACUUGAAGUCUCGCAGAUUGAGCGAGCCAGUGGCCACGGACGACUUUGGGUCAUUCACAUUCAAGAAUUUACCCGUCUUGGAAAAGGCUAACAAGGACGUGAUCCAGAAGCUGCGGGCAGAUGCCCUGGCUGCCCAGAGCAAGCAGUCUUCUGCCAGCCCUGGAGCCUCCGCGGCCGUGACUUCUCCGGCACCGUCCCUCGAUGCCAGCCCCGUCUUGUCGAACCACCUGCAUAGGACAAUCUCUGGUGCCAAGGCCGGUAACAGGCCGCAGUCCCCGUCCGGCUUUAGCCACUCGAACUCGUCGCCGAGUCGGGCUUCACAGCCGUCGUCGCCGCUGCUCGUCUCCUUUGUGGCCGGACAGGGGGCUGAAGGACGAAGGAAGGCUUCCAGCAACUCGUCGAGCCUGUCUCACCAGUCGACCUCGCUGCAGCCUCCUGCCGCGUUUGAAGUGCCCAAAGUGCCCCCAAGCCUGCAGAAAGCAGCCACUUCGGUCGCCGCGUCACCUGUCAAGGGCCGCGGGACGGCGCCAGCACCGCUGCCUCUCUCGCCUCAAAAUAUGGUGGCGACACCUCGCCAAGGUAGCAACUCGUCCACUGGCCGCUCCAGGUCUUUGACCCUGGGCUCCCAGGAAGCGAGCCCCGCGACAUCCGAGGUGCUACAGCACCACCGCAACCGCAGGAGCCAGGUGUUUGACAUGUCGCCGUCGUCAUCCGACAACGAAGGAGACAAGCACAACGCCCUGCUACGGGUGCAACGGCGCAGGCAAAGCUCGCGGCGGCUUUCGCAAAUCACCUUUGACAGCGGCCCGACGUUCCGGCCCCUGGACGUUUUGAUUUGCGAAGACCAUCCCGUGUCCAGGAUGGUGAUGGAGAAGUUGCUGGAGAAGCUUCGCUGCCGCACCAUCUCGGUCGCCAACGGCUCCGAGGCAGUGCGGUAUUCGAUGAGCGAGAUUCAGUUUGACGUCAUUUUCCUGGAAUACAAACUGCCACAAAUCAACGGGGCCGACGUUGCGCGCAUGAUACGAGAGACCAAGAAUGCAAACUCGCACACGCCGAUUGUGGCCAUUACGGCUUAUCUCAAGGAGCUCCAGGCGCCCCACUACUUUGACUCUCUCAUCGAGAAGCCCAUCAGCUCGUCCAAGCUCACCGAGGUGCUGCGCAGCCUCUGUCAGUGGCGGCCAGAUUCCCCCCUGCGAGCGGCGUCGGGACCACUGCCUCAUCCGAUGCCGAUUGGCCUACGAAAAGCAAGCUCCCGGGUGGACGACAGCCCAAUAUCAAGCACAUCGGCCUUUGCCGGUCCCCAGGGCUCUGUCAUGGCCUCGAGCCGAGAGGACUCUUUCACGUCGAGCCUCUUCGGGGACUCGGAAUCGGUUACAACAGACGACAUUCCAACGGUCCUGAGCCGCAAAGGGACAGGCGACUGGGACGAGGGCGGCGGCUUGGGAAUCGCCGAGGCAGAUGUAGUGGCAGGGCUUGAGUCUCUCCCUAGAGCGGUGCCAUCCCUCUUGGCCCAGCAUUCGGCCCCGGGUCAAAUGGAGCACACGCUGCGACAGCAGGACAAGACGAAGAAUAAGCAAGAGGGAACGGAGAAGAAGGCAGUGGAGGGAACCGAGUCGGCCGACGACGAGGACGAAGAAGGUGAGGCGGCCAGGGACAAGCAACUGCGGCGGGCCAGCAAGCCAUUGGUGGGCAAGUCGGUUCUGCCAAGCUCCAAGUUAGGGAUCGAGAUGAUGCGCGCCGACAGCCACGAAAGCGCGACGAUGGGCUCAGAGAGCACUCCCGAGACAAUGACUCAAGUCGCCACGACGCCGUUGCAGGAGGUGGACACGCCUGUGCUGGGAGUAGGAGGGGACAACGCAGCACAGACUCCGCCGGGGGCCAAGAUAGAAGCCGAGCAGGAAGAGCAGGCAGGCAUCCAAGAGCAAGAUCUUGAGAGCGUGGAUGCAACGCCACGGCCGACUCUGAUGCCCCGAGGCGCAGAAGAUGAGCCAACACCGCGGGCUGGCAAAUAA